GGUCUCUGCGGAGAUAUCGCCGUGUUGGGAAUGAAGGCGAAGCCACCGGGUAACGCACGGGAAAUUCGUAUCUAGGGGCGGGGCUAAUCUCUCGAAUUCCGUUUCCGUUUCAGUGUUUUUUUUUUUCUAUUUUAUCUCUCGAUCGGUCAGCGAGAAAAAAGAAAUAUAUAUUUUGCCAAAUUGUCCGCUUGCCUUGUUGUAAAGACAUAUUCGUGAUGGCGUCUUCUCCGCAGAAAUCCCCGUCCUCUCCCAAGUCGCCUACUCCGAUGUCGCCGUCCUCAAGGAAAAAAGACGACUCGUUCCUCGGGAAACUUGGUGGAACUUUGGUGAGAAGGAAAAGGGCGAAAGAAGUGUCAGAGCUGCAGGAGGAGGGCAUGAAUGCCAUAAACCUGCCUCUGAGCCCUACUCCAUACGAGCUCCAUCCAGAAGACACCAUGCUGGAGGAAAACGAGGUGCGCACCAUGGUGGACCCCAACUCGAAGAACGAUCGCAAGCUUCAGGAGCUUAUCAAGGUGCUGAUUGACUGGGUCAACGACGUGCUGGUGGGUGAGAGGAUCAUCGUGAAGGACCUGGCAGAGGAUCUGUACGAUGGCCAGGUCCUGCAGAAGCUCUUUGAGAAGCUGGAGGGCGAGAAGUUGAACGUUGCCGAGGUGACGCAGUCUGAGAUUGCUCAGAAGCAGAAGCUCCAGACUGUUCUGGAGCGCAUCAACGAGGCCCUCAGGGUCUCGCCCAGGAAUGCCAAGUGGAACGUCGACUCGGUCCAUGCUAAGAGCGUAGUGGCCACCCUUCACCUGUUGGUGGCACUUUCUCAGCACUUCCGAGCUCCGUUGCGCCUGCCUGAGCACGUGUCCAUUCAGGUGGUGGUGGUUCAGAAACGUGAGGGACUGCUGCAGACACGGCAGAUCCAGGAGGAGAUCACCGGGAAUACCGAGGCUUUGUCUGGCAGGCAUGAGCGUGAUGCGUUUGACACGUUAUUCGACCAUGCGCCUGACAAGCUGAGUGUUGUGAAGAAGACUCUCAUCACCUUUGUCAACAAGCACUUGAACAAGCUGAACCUGGAGGUGGCCGAACUGGACACCCAGUUUGCAGAUGGAGUGUACCUGGUACUACUGAUGGGACUUCUGGAGGGCUAUUUCAUCACCCUGUACAAUUUCUUUCUCACACCUGAAAACUUCGAACAAAAGGUGCAUAAUGUGUCUUACGCAUUUGAGCUGAUGCAGGACGGUGGCCUGGAGAGACCGAAGCCCCGGCCUGAAGAUAUCGUGAAUUGUGACCUGAAAUCGACACUCCGCGUUUUGUACAACCUCUUCACCAAAUAUAGGCAUGUGGAGUGAAGACGUCUUGUGGGACGGACACACUUGGAGACCACUGACCACUUUCCCAAACCUUUGCCUUCGUGACCACUGUGGGGCCAAAAAGCAGAGUGCUGGGGGGGGUUUGUGUUGGUUGAUUGUUUCAGAAAACCACUUUACUGUGCUGUGCCUGUGUAGGUGUUUGCAUGCAUGUGUGUGAGUGUUUGUUUGUGUGCUUAGGGCUAUCUGAUAGCUAUGAGAACACAGUCCACAUAAAAGCUUGAUUUGUUAGAACGUGUGGAUGUAGCAGCAAUAUAGCUUUCACUAUUGUCCGACUGUGGCAGGAACUGGCUUUCUUUUCCUUUUUGAAGUGACUGAACUUUAAAAAAUGUUUAAACACUCUUAAGACAAAACUGUUGUUUAUUACUGUAUGAUAAAGAUGUCCCCCCCAUUCCAUGCUGUGCUUGUGGUUAAAAUGAUCGUACGUGUGGGUUUUUUUCCCUUUUUUUUUUUUUUUUUUUUCUGGAACAAAAAUAUUGUCCCUGAUUUUUAGAUUUGUGAACAACAGCACAAAAAUGUAAGAAAGCUUUGUAAAUAUACAACACAAAGCCUGGGUGCAUUCUUAAUGAACGGGCUUAUGACUGGAUUUUUGAUGGCUGAUAAGUGAACAGUUAGUAAUCAGAUUAAUAUUGGAAUUGGUAUGAAUGGGGCAGGGUUUAGACUUAAAGCUCUCGAGGUCAUCCUUACAAUUGGUUUACUGCAUACAGCUUACAGAUUUCAAAUGAUACAAAUAAACAGACCAAUUUAAACACUA